AGGAGGACACAGGGCAUCUGAAGCACAGACUUUCUUAAGUUCCUUUUCUGACAGCAGUGGUUUAACCAAGUUUUGAAACAAUGCUUCGGGUGAUUGUGGAAUCUGCUACCAAUAUCCCUAAAACUAAAUUUGGAAAACCGGAUCCUAUUGUUUCUGUUAUUUUUAAAGAUGAAAAAAAGAAAACAAAGAAAAUUGAUAGUGAACUCAACCCUGUUUGGAACGAGAUUCUUGAAUUUGAUUUGAAAGGGAUAGCACUCGAUGUUUCAUCAUCCCUGACCAUUAUUGUGAAAGAUUUUGAAACAAUUGGACAAAACAAAUUAAUUGGAAAUGCAUCAGUAGCACUUAAGGAACUUGUAGGCAACCAGAGUAGAUCUCUUCCCUUCAAGCUUAUUUCCCUGCUAAAUGAAAGGGGAGAGAACACUGGCGCAACGAUUGAUUUAGUGGUAGGAUAUGAGCCACCAGCUGGGCCUGCAAAUCCAAAUGAUCCAGGGGGGACCAAUGCACAAGGCACUGCAGAUGGAGAAGAAGAUGGAGGUUAUGAGGAUGGGGCUGAUGGUACAGUUGGUGGCAUUGCACCAGCAGUUCCAAGUGACGCAAAGGAAGCCCAGCUUGCUCGGCGCAUCACUAAAGGAAAGAAAACACGGAGAAUCCUUUCUAACAAACCCCAAGACUUCCAGAUUCGUGUUAGGGUCAUUGAAGGUCGUCAGUUGUCCGGAAAUAACAUAAAACCAGUAGCCAAAGUUCAUGUUUGUGGGCAGACACACCGAACAAGAAUCAAAAGAGGAAACAAUCCAUAUUUUGAUGAGAUAUUCUUCUACAAUGUCCACAUGACCCCUUUAGAGCUGCUUGAUGAAACAAUAAGCAUUCGGGUGUAUGAUUCUUAUUCUUUACGAGCAGACUCUCUGAUGGGAGAAUUUAAGAUUGACAUUGGCUUUGUUUAUGAUGAACCUGGCCAUGCAGUCAUGAGAAAAUGGCUUCUUUUGAGUGACCCUGAAGACACAAAUUCAGGAGCUAAAGGCUAUCUGAAAGUCAGCAUGUUUGUCCUGGGGGCAGGAGAUGAGCCACCAAUGGAAAAAAGAGAGCGGGAUAAUGAAAAUGAUGAUGUGGAGAGUAAUCUUUUACUGCCGGCUGGAAUUGCACUUCGAUGGGUCACUUUCCUUCUUAAAAUCUACAGAGCCGAGGAUAUUCCCCAGAUGGAUGAUGCUUUUGCGCAGACUGUUAAGGAAAUAUUUGGAGGUGAUGGAGACAAGAAAAACCUAGUAGAUCCAUUUGUGGAAGUUUGUUUCGCUGGAAAAAAGGUUUGCACAAGUAUAAUUGAGAAAAAUGCUAAUCCAGAAUGGAAUCAAGUUGUUAAUCUUCAAAUCAAGUUUCCCUCAAUGUGUGAAAAAAUAAGAUUAACAGUUUUUGACUGGGAUCGUCUUACAAAAAAUGAUGUAGUAGGAACAACGUAUUUAAGUCUCUCCAAAAUUGCUUCUUCUGGUGGAGAAGUAGAAGAAUUUUCAUCUUCGGGAACUGGGGCUUCAUCAUAUGAAGUAAACACAGGGGAAACAGAGGUGGGCUUUUUACCAACAUUUGGGCCCUGUUACCUAAACCUUUAUGGAAGCCCAAGAGAAUACACUGGAUUCGCAGACCCCUAUGAUGAACUAAACUCUGGAAAGGAGGAAGGAGUUGCUUACAGAGGCAGAGUCCUAGUUGAACUAUCUACAAUACUUGACAGUAAACCUGCGAAUAAAAAGAUAGAGGCCAUCUCCAGUGAUGACGUACUGAUUGUUGAGAAAUAUCAGCGCAGACGAAAGUUCAGCCUGUCUGCUGUGUUUCAUUCUGCUACCAUGCUGCAAGAUAUUGGUGAGGCUAUCCAGUUUGAGGUUAGCAUUGGUAAUUAUGGGAACAAGUUUGACACCACCUGUAAGCCUUUGGCAUCAACAACUCAAUACAGCCGUGUUGUAUUUGAUGGUAACUACUAUUAUUACCUGCCAUGGGUUAACAGAAAGCCAGUAGUGACAAUAACUUCCUUUUGGGAGGACAUAAGUCAUAGACUAGACCCGGUGAACCUAAUCCUAACCAUGGCUGAAAGACUGCAAUCCAACAUAGCUGCCCUAAAGUCAGGAAUACAGGCUAAAGUUUCUGAAAACCAGUUGGCAGAGAUAUGGCUGAAGCUGAUUGACGAACUUAUAGAAGAUACAAGUAAGCCAUUUCCCCUCUUAGAAGCCAAAUCCAAUGUCACAGUCCUUGACACACACAUACAAAAUAUGCGCCUCAAGUCUCUCAAACACAUUAUAGACGCAGCAACAAGGAUGAGAACUGACGCUACCGAUGUGAAGGCCACUUUGGCAGAAAUUGAAGACUGGUUGGAUAAAUUAAUGCAAUUGACCGAAGAGUCACAAAACAGUAUACCUGAUGUGAUCAUCUGGAUGAUCCGGGGAGAGAAGAGACUAGCUUAUGCCCGCAUUCCCGCACACCAGGUUUUGUAUUCUACGACAAGUGCUGAGGCAUCUGGUAAAUACUGUGGAAAGACCCAGACCAUCUUUCUAAAGUACCCACAGGACAAGAACAAAGGUGCCAAAAUUCCAGUGCAGUUGCGAGUUAACAUUUGGCUUGGGUUGACUGCAGUUGAAAAGAAGUUUAAUAGCUUUGCAGAAGGAACAUUCAGUGUUUUUGCAGAAAUGUAUGAAAAUCAGGCUCUUAUGUUUGGAAAGUGGGGCACCUCAGGACUAGUCGGUCGCCACAAGUUUUCUGAUGUCACAGGAAAAAUUAAAUUGAAAAGAGAGUUCUUUUUGCCCCCAAAGGGCUGGGAGUGGGAAGGAGAAUGGAUGGUUGAUCCUGAAAGAAGUUUGCUGACUGAAGCUGAUGCAGGUCAUAGUGAGUUUACAGAUGAAGUGUACCAAAAUGAGAGUCGUUAUCCUGGAGGAGAAUGGAAAGCAGCUGAGGAGCCCUACACAGAUGUGAAUGGAGAAAAAACUGCACCACCUGGUGAGAUUACCUGUCCCCCUGGAUGGAUCUGGGAGGAUGAUGCUUGGAUAUAUGAUAUAAAUUGAGCGGUGGAUGAGAAAGGGUGGGAAUAUGGAAUUACAAUUCCUCCAGACAAUAAACCGAAGUCCUGGGUUGCUGCAGAGAAAAUGUAUCAUAUACACAGACGGCGAAGACUGGUGCGAAAACGCAAAAAGGAUCCAAGCCAAGCAACAGGAGUAAAGGUAAUGGCAUCCCAUGAAGAUCAAGAAGGAUGGGAAUAUGCAUCUUUGAUUGGCUGGAAGUUUCACUGGAAACCACGCAGUUCUGAUACAUUCCGCCGUAGACGCUGGAGAAGAAAAAUGGCUCCUUCAGACACACAUGGUGCAGCAGCUAUCUUUAAACUUGAAGGUGCUCUUGGAGCAGACACUAGCCUUGAUGAAGAAGAGGCGAAAAGCUCAGAAAAAGCCAAGGAGUCUGCCACACGUGUAUUUGGUGCCAACACUCCAAUUGUUUCCUGCAGUUUUGACAGAGUGUAUAGUUACCACCUUCGCUGCUACAUCUAUCAGGCAAGAAAUCUUAUUGCUUUAGACAAAGACAGCUUUUCAGAUCCAUAUGCUCAUGUUUCAUUCCUCCAUCAAAGCAAAACAACAGAGAUCAUCCAUGCAACUCUGAAUCCUAUGUGGGACCAAACGCUUAUAUUUAAUGAAAUUGAAAUCUAUGGAGACCCACAGACAGUAGUACAAAAUCCACCUAAUGUGGUUAUUGAACUUUUUGACAAUGACCAAGUGGGCAAAGAUGAGUUUCUAGGAAGAAGUGUUUGCUCUCCUAUGGUAAAGCUAAACCCAGGAGUGGAUAUCACACCUAAGCUUCUCUGGUAUCCUGUAAUGAAUGGAGGAAAAGCUUGUGGGAGCAUCCUUUUAGCUGCAGAGCUUAUUCUGAGGGACAAGGAUGGCUCCAACCUUCCAAUUCUUCCAUCACAAAGAGCACCAAAGCUUUACAUGGUACCUCAAGGAAUUAGACCUGUUGUUCAGCUCACUGCUAUUGAGAUUCUUGCCUGGGGAUUACGAAACAUGAAAAACUACCAAAUGGCUUCUGUUACUUCUCCAAGUCUCAUUGUAGAGUGCGGUGGUGAAAUGGUGGAGUCAGUAGUGAUCAAAAACCUCAAAAAGACACCAAAUUUUCCAUAUUCUGUACUCUUCAUGAAAGUGCUUUUGCCCAAAGAGGAGGUAUACGCUCCAUCACUAGUCAUUAAAGUGAUAGACCACAGACAGUUCGGACGGAAACCAGUUGUGGGACAGUGUACCAUUGAUUCCCUAGAAGACUUUCGCUGUGACCCCUACGCUACUAGGGAAGACAUUGCACCACAACUAAAAGUUAGCCUCCUGUCUGCUGUGCCUCGUCGGGAUGUGGUCAUUGAAAUGGAAGACACAAAGCCACUACUAGCAGCUCAGCUUACAGAAAAGGAAGAAGAAAUUGUUGAUUGGUGGAGCAAAUUUUACGCUUCAAUAGGAGACCAUGAAAAAUGUGGACAAUAUAUUCAAAAAGGAUAUGACACUUUAAAGGUGUAUGAUUGUGAACUGGAGGAGGUACCUGAAUUUAAGCGCUUGACAGACUUCUCUGAUACAUUUAAGCUGUACAGAGGCAAAUCAGAGGACAAUGAUGACCCUUCAGUGGUAGGCGAAUUUAAGAGGGGCCAGCAUUUUACCCAUAAUGUUUCUCAGUCAGGUGUACUUAUGGAAUCGAAUCUAAGACAGCUUAUGUACUCCAUUCUGCACUCUUUUUGUGGCUUUGUUCACAAAUUUUACAGAAUGUAUGAACUCAGCUGCUUCUUGCCUCAAGAGAAGGAUCUGAAAAUUUCAGUCUAUGAUUAUGAUAUGCUGACUCGUGAUGAAAAAGUUGGUGAAACCAUCAUUGAUCUUGAGAACAGGUUCCUUUCUCGCUUUGGAGCUCAUUGUGGCAUACCACAGCAGUAUUGCAUUUCAGGUGUAAAUACCUGGCGAGAUCAACUGAAGCCAACACACAUGUUGCAAAAUAUAGCCAGGUUUAAAGGCUACUCUCCUCCUAUCCUCUCAGAAAAUGGAAGCAGGAUUAACUAUGGAGGACAAGACUACACCUUGGAGGAAUUUGAGAUUAACAAAAAAUUGCAUCAGCACCUUGGACCGGGUGAAGAGCGUCUAGCCCUUCAUAUCCUUAGAACCCAGGGCUUGGUCCCUGAACAUGUGGAGACAAGGACUUUAUACAGCACCUUCCAGCCCAACAUCUCACAAGGAAAGCUUCAGAUGUGGGUGGAUGUUUUCCCCAAAAGCUUGGGACCUCCUGGCCCUCCCUUCAACAUCAAUCCCCGCAAAGCCAAGAAGUACAUCAUGCGGGUGAUUAUUUGGAACACAAAGGAUGUCAUUCUGGAUGAAAAAAGUAUCACAGGGGAAGAAAUGAGUGACAUCUAUGUGAAAGGCUGGAUGCCUGGCAAUGAAGAAAAUAAGCAGAAAACAGAUGUGCACUAUAGGUCACUGGAUGGUGAUGGGAAUUUUAACUGGAGAUUUGUUUUCCCUUUUGAAUACUUUCCAGCUGAGCAACUCUGUAUGGUUUCUAAAAAGGAGCAUUUUUGGAGUCUCGACAAAACAGAAUUCAGAAUCCCACCCAAAGUGAUCAUUCAGAUAUGGGAUAAUGACAAGUUCUCCUUGGAUGACUACCUGGGUUUUGUUGAACUUGAUUUACACAAAACAGUUAUUCCAGCAAAAGUUCCUGAAAAAUGCAAUAUAGACAUGAUUCCAGAACACAAGGCAAACAACCCUCUCAAGGCUCCCAAGACUGUCUCACUCUUCGAACAGAAAUCCAUGAAGGGGUGGUGGCCAUGUUACACAGAAAAGGACGGCUCACGUGUUUUGGCUGGUAAAGUUGAGAUGACUCUGGAAGUCCUCAAUGAAAAAGAGGCUGAUGAAAGGCCAGCUGGUAAAGGAAGAGAUGAACCUAACAUGAACCCCAAGUUAGACCUACCAAACCGACCAGAAACUUCCUUCCUUUGGUUCACAAAUCCAUGCAAGACAAUGAAAUUUAUUGUGUGGCGCAGAUUUAAAUGGAUCUUCAUAGGCAUUAUCAUCCUACUGAUUGUAUUCUUGUUUCUGGCGAUACUCUUAUAUUCACUGCCGAAUUACAUAUCAAUGAAGAUUGUGAACCCAAUCUAAAGAAGAGGAUUUAUUUUUACAUUUUGAAUAGCAAUAAGGUAGUUUUACCUCAGGCUGCGGACCAAAUUCAGCAAGGCUUGCUUCUUGGUUUUAACCUUGUUCUCUUAUAUGUUAAACUAGGAAAUAGAUAAGGGAUAAGAAUUUAACCAAGGUUAGCCAAGGUUCAUGGGGUCUUGACUAGUGUAAAAAGUCAUGUUCCGUUUAUGUUUUGACUUUGAUAACAUCUGUAUGUGGUAAAAUUCUGUCUUCCUUGCUUUUAAAGUAGAUUUUUCAUAAAAAUUCUCCAGUUGCUCUUAUUUUUUUAAAUGGAUACUUUAUUUUGAGAAUUAUUUUCUACUCUCUCUCGACUUAGUAAAAAAAAAACCACAAUUACUACUUAUAUUUUUGUAUACCAAACAAAAAGUGCAAUAAUAUUCUGCCAUUGUAUUUUGAAAAGGUCACAAUAUUGCUAUACUUAAAAUCAUUGUUAGAACCGUACUUUAAACUGUAUGAGCAUAGAAAUGAAAUAAAACAAUA